AUGAAAUUAUACGUCUACGCCGCUGCGCUCCUCUUCGCUGCUUUGGUGACCCCGAGCCAGGCCACCUUUGGCAAGUUGGGUCUGCUGCUAGGUGCUGGAGCAGUUGGUGGAGGCGGAGUGGGCUAUGGCAAUGGCUAUGGAGGUGGUUACAACGGAGGUUACGGCGGGGGAUAUGGCGGCUACGGCGGCGGAUACGGUGGUUAUGGCGGUGGAUACGGCGGCGAGAACAUUAUAAAGGUCAUCAAGGUAUCGGUGGUACCCAGCAGCGGCGGCAUUGGUGGCAUUGGCGGCUAUGGCGGUGGAUAUAGCGGUGGAUAUGGCGCCGGAUAUGGCGGCUACGGCGGUGGAUUUGCCGGCGCUGCCCUGCCUGCCGUCUCCACAUCGGCAGUCGUCACACCAGUAGUGACAUCCGUGGCCUCUCCCGUGCUAGCCGGCGGUGCCGGCUUCGUCGGUGCUUCGGCGCUGCCAGUCGGCUAUGGCGUUGGUGGCGGCUAUGGCGUUGGAGGCGGCUUCGGUCUGGGCUAUGGGGCCCCUGCUGGUCUUGGUGGCGGCCCUUGGUGCUAA